AUGUCGAGUGUCAUUCAACCUGGUACAAGCUCAGCAUUCUCUGAAGAGGAAUCAGUGGCGGGGCGGGACGAGCUGAGGAAGAGUAGUGAUGUGUCCAUGUAUAAGAUCAGCUCUCUCUACGAUAUAACCUCGCCUCUCCUACGGCAUUACGAUUAUACGAUAUCAGAUGCGGAAUACAAACCCUUAUGCAAGUUGGCCCUGGUUACUGAUUGCAGAAAGGAAGAUACAACAGACGCCUUUAAAGCCCAUGCUGCAAGGUUGAUGUUUGGUUAUCUCACCAAGCCUGAUAAUCAACAGCCCAAAGCUAUGUUAUGGAGUAGUAUGGUAGAUGAUUGGGCUAGAACUUCACCAGAAGAACGAACGAAUGCAUUAGAAUCACAAGGAAUGUAUUUUCCAGAAGAUGAAGAAGCACUUCUUGUGUUGAAAACACUUACCACAAGGACCCCGGCCGUCACAGAGCCAGUUUUGACGGACUUAGGUGUCAAAGCACAUAUACUUUUAAGCAUUCGACGGACAUUUCAGGAUAUCUAUUCUGGAACAGAUCCACAUAUCUCGAUCCCUCACAUUUAUGGUAUGAAUACCAGUGAGACCUUGAACUCACCAGAUCCUGACGACGCACUCUUGUGGCAAUGCAGUGAGCACUGGAAACUGCUCUCUGAGAACCACCGGAACCCACAGCCGGAGGACUCCCUCUUCAGCAACAGUAACCUUUGGUUAUCCCGAUAUCUAAUCGAUAGUGCUAACCAAGCCUUGGAAUCGAACGCUCCUACAUGGAUCCCAUCCGCGACUCCAUUCAGUCUUGAUGACGAAGAAGACGAGUCGCACAAUAGCUCUGCUAAUUCCAUUGGUUCUCAAACACCACUGAUUGAUACAGAGAAUAUCGAUGUUGCUCCUGGAUUCAAAUCUCUAUCUGGCUUUAUGAGUUGCUGUUGUGGUAAACGUAACAAAGCACGAGCUGGAUCAGGUGAUUUACUAUCUGAGGAUCAGGCUUCUGUCUCAGAAGACCCAAGUGCGUGA